AUGGACAGCGUGGUGAUGGUGAAGAGCGAGAUCGAGAGCUACGCGGCGGGGCCGCCGGUGAUGGGCCGCGGCGGCGGUGAAGUUGAGACUGGGCAGGUCAUCGUCAGGAGGCGGAGGAGGGAGCCCACGGCGGCGUCGCUCGGGCCGGUCGGCGGCGGCAUCGGCAAGGGGGCGUCGAUUCCGGGCGUGGCGGUCAAGAGGAGCUCCAGGUUCCGCGGGGUCAGCAGGCAUCGGUGGACGGGCCGUUACGAGGCGCACCUCUGGGACAAGAACUCGUGGAACCCCACGCAGAGGAAGAAGGGCAAGCAAGUGUAUCUAGGAGCGUACGACGAGGAGGAGGCGGCGGCCAGGGCCUACGACCUCGCCGCUCUCAAGUACUGGGGCGCCACCACCUACACAAACUUCCCGGUAUUGGACUAUGAGAAGGAGCUCAAGAUAAUGGACACCCUUACAAAGGAAGAGUACCUCGCUUCACUAAGGAGGAAGAGCAGUGGCUUCUCGAGAGGUGUCUCCAAGUACAGAGGCGUUGCUAGGCAUCACCAGAACGGGAGAUGGGAGGCGAGAAUCGGGCGCGUCUUCGGCAACAAGUACCUCUAUCUCGGAACCUACGGCACGCAGGAGGAGGCGGCGCGCGCAUACGACAUCGCGGCGAUCGAGUACAAGGGCGUGAACGCCGUCACCAACUUCGACCUGCGGUCCUACAUCACGUGGCUCAAGCCGCCCGUCGCUGGACUCGCCGCCAGCCCCGACCACCACCUCCUCGCCAUGCAGCCGCACCCCGUCGAGCUGGACCGGUUCGUCCCGGCCGAGGCGUCGUCCCAGCUCAUGCUCCCUCCUCCUCAGGGCAACCCGUUCGCCCACCUCGACCGCAGCCUCAGCUGCGGCAGCGGAGGGCUAAGGAGGCGGUCCUCGUCGUCGUCGUCGCCCACUGCGCUCAGCCUGCUUCUCAAGUCGUCCAUGUUCCGGCGGCUGGUGGAGAGCAACGACCCGGACUCGCCCCAAGGGACAGGGGGAGGCGGCGGGGACCGCGCCGGCGCGGAGGUGCUAGCGCUGCCGGAGGAUGGGUACGAGUACCGCGACUUCUUCCACGGGGUUCCUACGGACGUGUGUGGCCUCUUUUCGUCACCGAGCAGCGGCGCCCGAGCCGGUGCCGCGGCCGGGUUUCAAGGGGGCGUCGUCUCGUGCUACGGUGACGACGGCGGCGACAGGAUGAUGCCGACGACAUGGGAUGGGUUCGGGAACAUGGCGUCUCUGUAGGACCGUGCUGGA